CCGCGAACACUGCUGUUUCAUAAGGCCUCAAAGAACGUAAGUAACCUAGAGCGAUGCAGGUGUGAGUCAGGCGUUCUCAGGCUGAGGUUGGUUUUUUGUAUCUAAGAUGAAUACCAGACCGACUGUCCGUCGAAAUACGGCAGUUCUGCAUGGCGUUCUCCACUGGAGCUGUAUAGCGGCAAUCCUUCUUCAUUUCCCGCAAGACAUUAAUGCUGAUAUCGACGAGACCGGCGUCCGUGGGUCUCCACCGGAUGUCAUUGCUCAGCUACACGGUUUCUCAACUGAGCGUCAUUCAGUGACCACUGAAGAUGGCUUUAUCCUUGAUCUCUUCAGACUUCCUGCCAACGAUACCGAGGAAACCAAUUCACGCCCCGCAGUUCUCUUAGUUCCAGGAAUUUUGUGCAACGCCGCAACAUGGUUUCUUAACAAUGACAAAUCUAUGCCGUACCUUCUUGCGAAUGAGGGCUUUGACGUUUGGGUUGCUGCCGGCCGUGGAGUAAGAUACGCCCGCACGCACACUUCACUCACCAACACCUCACGAGAUUACUGGGAUUAUAGCUUCCACGAACAAGGGCUGUAUGAUGUCCCAGCGCUAAUCGACUACGUCCUUGAGCACACACAAAGACCUAAACUGCAGUUUGUCGGCUACUCCAUGGGGGCCGCCAUGUUCCUCGUGGCCACAACCCAACUGCAGGCCUACCGGGACCGUGUGAGCCACGCAUAUCUGGUGGCACCUGCCGUCUACCUGACUUACUCCACCAGCCCCCUCGUCAGGUCGUUCCCUGUACUCGGGGCAUUAGACUAUCUGCUGACACCUGGUGGGCUAAGUUUCGAAAAUCCGGUGGUACGUAAACUUCUUGAGGAAGUAUGCUCCGGCCAACUGACUGACGCAGUCUGCGCAGCUCUGCUGGGGACUCGUGCACCAGAUCAGUCAGAGGAACAAGUCAAGUUCAACUAUCAGUACUUCCCAGAUGCGACAUCAGCCAAGACACUCCUGCAUUACAGCCAGGGCCAAUACAAAGAACGAUGGUUUCGGCAGUUUGACAACGGCAUAUUAACCAACCUUCAAGUCUACGGGUCUAUCACGCCACCAAGUUAUCCCCUCAGCAGUGCAACUGUUCCCACCUCAGUGUUUUACGGGGCUGACGACAUUCUUGUAGGAGUUAAGAGUGCCGAGCAGUUAAUUGAAGAUCUCCCGAAUGUCAAGCGCGCCGUCAAAGUCGCUGGCCUGACACACGUUGACGUCAUGUUUGGUCGAAAUGCGCGAGAGUCACUGUAUGAACCUCUCGUGAAGGCUGUGGUCGAGGACUCUGUUUAGUCUAGUUCGGCGUCAGUAAUAAAUCCAAGGGGCCAGCCGCUCGAGAAAUAUCCCGAGAAAACUCAAUGAAAUCGUCGGAAAUUUCGAUGAAAUCGUCGGACAUUCAACUGAAAAAUCUCAUUAAAUAUCAGAGAAAAUUUUCA